GGGACGGGACGGGACGGUGUCGGCGCCGCCAUGGCUCAGGUCCUGCGCGUGGAGGCCGGCUUCCCCGGGCCGGCCCCGCCGGGGGCCGGGGGGCCGCCGGAGCCGCCGUACUCGCUGGAGACGGCCUACGGCUACCGCCUGGACCUCGACUUCCUCAAGACGAGGGCGCCCGCGCCGGCGGCCCCCGCACCGGCGGCAGCUUCUCGGCACUGACCUCGCCGGGCGGCCCCGGCUCGGGCGCCGGCACGCCGGCCUCGCCAGACCCCGGGCCACUGCGGCUGGUGCGGGAGCAGAUGGCGCUGGCCCUGCGGCGCCUGCGGGAGCUCGAGGAGCAGGUGAAAACCAUCCCGGCGCUGCGGGGCCGCCUGGCCCGGCUGCAGGAGGAGAAGCGGCAGCUCGUCGCCCAGCUCCGCGCCCGCGCUGGCCCCGCCGCCGUCUCCGACGCCCUCGACGGCUCCGACGGCGGCUCCGACGGCAGCACCAUCGACGGCUCUGACAGCAGCACCAUCAGCUCCAUCAACGGCACCGAGGGCGGCUGCGGUAUCGGCUCCACCAGCUCCAUCGCCAGCUUCGACAUUGGCUCCACCAGCUCCAUUGACGGUGUCGGCGUUAGAUCUGGCCCCGGCGUUGGCGUCGGUUCCAGGUCUGGCAUCGGUAUCGGCUCCAGCAUCACCAGCUCCGUUCCUGGCAUCGGCUCCACUGGCUCCAUCGACAGCAUCGGAAUCAGCUCCAGGUUUGGCGUCGGCAUCGGUUCUGGCAUCGCCAGCUCCGUCCCUGACGUCAGCGUCGGCUCCAUCGAUGCCGUGGGCAUGAGGCCCAGGUCUGGCAUGGGCAUUGGCUCCACCAGCUCCACGACCGGCAUUGGCAUUGGCAUUGGCUUUACCGGCUCCGUUUCUGGCUCCGGCAUCGGCUCCACCAGCUCCAUCAACAGCAUCGGCCCCAGGUCCGGGCUCAUCGGCUCCAGCACCGCCGGCUCCACCCGCGGCAUCAGCGUGGGCUCCGGCAGCAGCGCCGGGCCGGCACCGGGCCGGCGCUCGGUGGCCGUGGGGCCGGAGGGGCCGGGCGCCGGGCGCCGCAGCGUGGCGGUGGGGGUGGCCGAGGGCGAGCUGGGGCCGCCGGCCGUGCGGGCGCUCUCGGCCAAGGUGGCCGUGCUGGAGCGGCAGCUGCGCCGGGCCCUGGGCGACCUCCGCGAGGCCCGGGCCCGCCUGGGGCACCCGCAGCCCCCGGCCAGCCCCCCGGCCCCCCGCGCCCCGGCACCCACCACCGGCACCGGCACGGCCCGCGGCUGCAGGGCGGCGGCGGAGCGGAGCGGGGCCGGGAGCGGCUCCGACGGCGAGAGCGGCGGCAGCGGCGGCAGCAGCGGCAGCGAGUACCACGAGGCGCCCGAGGGGCCGCUGGGGCAGGAGCUGAGCACCGAGCCCCCCGCGGCCCCGCGGCGCCUCGACCCGGAGCCCCCCGAGAGCCCUGCCGAGACGCCCACCGCAGCGCCCAGCGCCGGCCCGUGACACCCCUGCCCCGCGCCGCGUCCCGGGGCCGGCGGGGGCCCAGGCGUCCGGCUCCCGCACCGCGGGGCCGAAGGAGGAGCCGGGCCAGACGCGGGAAGAAAUAAAUACAGUGUAUUUAC